AUGAAUUUGAGACGGGCAGAUGUGAAGAAGGCAGCCACUUUGUGUCCCUUCUCCUCCUUGCUUGGGAGACUGGCUUUUGGGGUGCACGCGCGCACACCCCGCUUUAUGAAGAUCUGGGAAGCCCCCAAGACAUCAGCAGCAGCUGUGAUGCAAAGACCCCCAGGAGAGGGUGAGUUUCAGGCAAGGCCCAGAUCCAGAGGAAGAGCAGGAGAACCAGAAAUAGCUGGAGAGAGGGAAGCAGCCGUGUUGCAAGCAGGAAAACCGAGAGUCUGCGCUGGGGUUGGCAACUUACAGCCUCUCGCCUGUGCCUUUUUGACCGCAGCCUUUGAGUGGUAGACCUGAGCUGCUGAUAGCACUGUGCCAUGGCUUGCAUCACUUGCAUCCCUGCUUAGGAAUCAUUUUUGGAUUCUGUUCCAUUGAAAAUUAUGUGCAGCGUCUGAAGCAAUGGGUCUCUGAAUACCACUUUAUGGGGAAUCAGAAGUGGGGACAGCACUGAUGUGCUCGGAUCCUGCUUGUAGGUUUUGCAUUGGGGGAUCCAGUUCACCACUGCAAGAGAUGCUGGACCAGAGGACCAGACCCAAGAGGGCUUUUCUGAUGUUCCUAAAAAACUCUGCAAAUACAGUCGUACCUCAGGUUACAGAUGCUUCAGGUUGCGUUUUUUCAGGUUGUGGACCGCCGAAACCAAGAAAUACCGGAACGGGUUACUUCCGGGUUUCGGCUUUUGCACAUGUGCAGAAGCGCCAAAUCACGCUUUGCGCAUGCGCAGAAGCGCCGAAUCGCAACUUGCGCCUGCACAGACGUGCAGACACGGGUUGCGAACGCUGCGGGUUGCGAAUGUGCAUCCUGCACGGAUCACAUUCACAACCCAAGCAUCCCCUGUACUAAUAACUGGUGUCAUUUUUUAAGCAAAUCAAUCCUGCAAAUCUCCAGUAGCUGCUUAGAAGGAUAGUGUGUUUAUCUAUCUUAUAACAGCAAGGGGUGUAUAUUGUCCAUUUGGUGAUGGUCCCUAAAGACUGAACAGUAAAAGCAACUGAUCUUCUUUUGGUCUCACAUUUCUCUGCCUAUUUGUAUUCAAAUGACCAUUUGGAAGAAAGAAGCCAGUGUGUUUCCUGGUUAUUUGGAAACGCAGAAUAUUCCUAUGGGUCAUUUGGAAUAAACCAAUGAUUUUAUACCCCCAAACAGUUUUGCCCUUGUAGCUAGCUAUAUAUAAAAAAUGUUUAUUUGAACUAUUUAUAAGCCAGGGAUGAUGGGAGUUGUAGUUCAGCAGCAUCUGAAGGUCACAGAUUUCUCAUCUCUUAGUCAGAUCUAGGGGUGGGGUGGGGAAUCAGUUCUGUUCACAUUUAAAGGGGAAUCUACUUAAUUAGCAAAAGAAAUAAAGAACCGAAAAACAUCCCCCACCCCCCAAAAAAUCACAUUUAUCCUAAAUUUUCAGUGCUGUUCUCCAGCCAGAUAAUGUGUACAAAAUUGCAUGUAUUUGGGGCAAACUGGUCAGAGUAAUGCAUAUUUUUGUGAUUGCUUUGCAAAAAUGUUGGGAGAAAUUGUGGUGGUGAGGAUAUGCAUAUAAAGAGGAAUUUGCAGAAAUCAAAGAACAAAUCAUGUGGAAAAACAAAUUUAAGAUUGGGGAAAUUAGAAUCUAAAACCGAGAAACCGGGUUAGACCUGGUUUGCGUUUGUUUUUUAAUAAAUUGCACACUUACUGACAUUGCUCUGGAUAUUUUCCAGUUUCGUGUGCAAAGCAAGGAAGCAUGCCUGGAAUAAAAACAGAAAAGGAGGAUCCAGCAGAGUUCGGACCAGGGGAGUCCCUGCAGAGGGACCUUCACAUCAUCCAGGUGGAGACCAAUGGAGAGCUUUCUGGGGAAGCAGCCGCACACAGAAUUAAGCAGGAGCCAGAUGGAGGGCUGCAACAGUGCUGGGAAGCUCUGCGGGGUAAGUUCCCAAAGGAUGUGGUCGCUGCUUGGCCAGGAUGGGAAAAUCCGCUGCCACCACGGCCUCACCUGGGGAAGAUCCCUACGGAUUUUAAAUAUUCCAUAAAGGGAUUUGCAGACGCCAAAUGGUGGACUCGUGAAGAGUGGAGGGUUCAAACGUUGCCGGGUGUUAAUGGAGGAUCCCAUGAGGUUGACCGGAGCCAGGAUCUUUCUGGGCACCUAGCAGAGGAGGGCAUUACAGCUGGCUUGGAGGCCCAGCGCUUGCGUUUCCGGCGGUUCUCCUAUUGGGAGGCUGAGGGGCCCCAAGAGGCACUUGGACAUCUCCGGGAACUUUGCUGUCAGUGGCUGGAGCCGGAGACACACACCAAGGAACAGAUCCUGGAGAUGGUGAUCCUGGAGCAGUUCCUGAUGAUCCUCCCAGAAGAAAUGCAGAGCUGGGUCAAGGAACGCGGGCCAGAGACCGGCAAGCAAGCGGUGGCUCUUGCAGAGGAUUUCCUCCUGAGGUUGAAGUGGUCUGAGAACCACAAAGAGCAGGUGAGCAAACUGUUUCAUCCUGAGGGUCACUACUUUCUCAGAAAUAAAAAAGGUAAAGGUACCCCUGCCCGUACGGGCCAGUCGUGUCCGACUCUAGGGUUGUGCGCUCAUCUCACUUAAGAGGCCGGGAGCCAGCGCUGUCCGGAGACACUUCCGGGUCACGUGGCCAGCGUGACGAAGCUGCUCUGGCGAGCCAGCACCAGCGCAGCACACGGAAACGCCAUUUACCUUCCUGCUAUAAAGCGGUACCUAUUUAUCUACUUGCACUUAGGGGUGCUUUUGAACUGCUAGGUGGGCAGGAGCUGGGACCGAAAGACGGGAGCUCACCCAGCUGCGGGGAUUUGAACCGCCGACCAUACGAUCGGCAAGUCCUAGGCACUGCACAAAUCUGCAUUUGUGUCUGUGUAAAAAUCAGUCUUUUAGUGUGGUGGCACCUACACAUUGGAACUAUUGCUAUCCAGCAGACACCUUUGUUUUAUUAUGUUCUGCACCUACUAGAAACAUUUUUGUUUAGACAAGCUUUCCCAUAUAUCUAGGAAAGCAUAUGUGUUUCAAGUUUAUUGCUGGUUUUUCAUUUUUGGAACAUUUUAAUUGUUUUUACUAAUAAUUUUAUUGUUCCUUUUUGUUUUUGGUAAACUGCUUUGAGGUUUUUUGCUUAAAGAGAGAGACAAAAUCAAGCAGCGUAUGAAAUAAGUAAAUAAAAAAAUGAAAAUAUAUUAUUCACUGGCCUUCAUUUCAGACACCAUGUGGGCAGCAUCUGUCAGAGACUGUCAUGUUGAAGCUUUCCAUGGAGGCUGUAGAAGAAGGCGAUGGAGAGACCGUGGUCCCAGGCAAGUAUUUACUGAGCGUCCAAGGUGUUUGCGGUGUAGCAGGGGCUCCACAUUCCUCCUAGUGUGAGAGCCAGUGUGGUGUAGUGGUUAAGAGCAGUAGACUUGUAAUCUGGUGAACCAGGUUCGUGUCUCCACUCCUCCACAUGCAGCUGCUGGGUGACCUUGGGCCAGUCACACUUCUCUGAAGUCUCUCAGCCCCACUCACCUCACAGAGUGUUUAUUUUGGGGAGGAAGGGAAAGGAGGUUGUUAGCUGCUUUGAGACUCCUUCGGGUAGUGAUAAAGCGGGAUAUCAAAUCCAAACUCUUCUUCUCUUCUUCUUCCUAUGUGAAGUUCAGAGUGCACCUAAAAUCCACACUCCUGCUUUGGAAACCGACAUAGGGUAUGAUGUCAAGAUUCCCGCCUCCCCCUUAAAAAAUAUGUUUUCCUCGGUUGGACCUGAAUGAGGCAGUAGAAGGGCUAUACCACUUCAGAGUUGUUGAUGUGGAAUCCUGUUUUUAAACACUUUUCUUCCUAACAAAGUCUUAAAACAGCUAUACUGCUUCCCAGUUAUUUUCCAGGCCCCCUUCAAGGUGUCAGCUUUGGCAUUUAAAGCCCUAAAUCAGGCUUCCUCAACUUCGGCCCUCCGGAUGUUUUUGGCCUACAUCUCCCAUGAUCCCUAGCUAGCAGGACCAGUGGUCAGGGAUGAUAGGAACUGUAGUCUCAAAACAUCAGAAGGGCCGAGGUUGAGGAAGCCUGCCCUAAAUGUUUUGGGAUCCAAAUAUUUGCAGAAGGCUUUCUUCCAUAUUGACCUCCCUAUAUGUAUUGUAGUCAGGGCUUUUUUCAGUUGGAACUCAGUUCUGACACCUCCUCAGUUGGGUGCCGUUGCCAUUAUAAGAGAACAAGGAGACAUUAAUGAUGAGUUCCGGCACCUCUUUUUCUAGAAAAAUAGCACUGAUCAUAGUGAAUACCACUCAUAUUUGUCUGCACAAUUUUUGUCCCUGGCCUCGGAUGAAUAUCCAGAUUACAGGAACUUCCACUCCCUUUUCCAUUUUUGAUGGAAUUAUCUGACACCCCUGAUGAAAUGUAUAGGGUUGUUUGUGAUUUUAGUCGACAUCUAUGUUCUUGUUUAAAUGAGUGGUCAACUUGUCCUCUUAAUUAUGAUGCAUAGAUCAGUUCUUACUCCACUUUGUGUCCUUCGUGUGACCGAUUUAACAGGUGUCUUGUUUUCUUCCAGCUGUUGACUGGCAAGUGAAGGUGAAAGAGGAGCCCAAGGAUGAAGAGACUCUUCUGCCAGAAGGACCCAAGAAAGGAGAUGUCCCCACAGGAUCAUGGGAAAACACCAAAGGGAAAAGUCCUCAGGAUCCUGAAAUGGAACUGAUGCCCAGAGGUUUGCAGGUUCAAGAAAAUCACAUAGAAAACCAACCAUGGAAGACAGCAGAGCUUUCCUUUCUCCAUGAGGGUGCUCGCACAGGCUCACACAAGAGGGCCUUCCAGGACGGACUGCUCCGGCGUAAAAGAAAGAAGGCGGGUGUGGAUGGCGGGAAGAACUCGUUCCCGAGCUCUGAUGUCCUCAAGAAGCAGAGACUGCCGACGGCAGAAAAGGCAUACAAAUCCUCAGAAUGGGGCAAGAGCCUCAAGUUGAGGCUGCACCUCAAUAUGCCUGAGAGGAAACGCAUGGGAGGGAAACCCUCCAUCUGGUCGGACUUUGGGAAAAGGUUCCCUCAGCCUUACGAUGCUCCUCAGCCCCGGGAAAUCCAGACAAGAGCAAACCAACACGUAUGUUCGGAGUGCGGGAGGACCUUCAGCAGGCAAUCCCACCUCCUCAUACACCAGCGCAUGCACACAGGAGAGAAACCGUAUACGUGUUCGGAGUGUGGGAAGAGCUUCAGCUACAGCUCGGUCCUUACAGAACACGAGAGAAUCCACACAGGGGAGAAGCCCUACGAGUGCUCGGACUGUGGGCAGACCUUCAGCCGCAGGUCGUACCUCAUUCAGCACGAGAGAACCCACACGGGGGUGAAGCCCUACGAAUGCUCCGAGUGUCAGAAAUGUUUCACGCGGCGCAGCGGCCUUCUUCGACAUCAGAAGCUGCACGUGGAAAGGAAGCCAAGCUGA